AUGGAUGAUUUUCAAUCUCUCUAUGACCACUCUAUGCUUCAUCCUGACAUUGCUUCUCUAGAACAGGAUCCUACACCUGAAGAGAUUACUCUAGCUCCUCGAGAAAGGCAUCCACCAGUUAAGUUAUCAGAUUACCAUUGUUAUUUAUCAACUAUUUUGUCAUUGCAUGAACCUAAAAUUUACUGGGAAGCAUCAGCUAUUCCGGGUUAUACUCAAGAGUAUAGAAUCGACUAUGAGGAAACAUUUGCACCUGUAGCUCGUAUGACAACAAUACGUACUCUCAUUGUUGUUGCUUCUGCUCGUGGAUGGGAUCUUCACCAAAUGGAUGUUACAAAAUCCUUUCUUCACAGAGAUCUCCAAGAAGAAGUAUACAUGCAGCCACCUCUAGGAUUACCUCACUCUCCAAACCAAGUCUGUAAGCUUCAUCGAGCAUUAUAUGGUCUCAAACAAGCACCUCUUGCUUGGUUUCAGAAGUUUACCAGUGUUAUCACUCAAUCUGGAUUUAGUCAAAGUGCCUAUGACUCUGCUAUGUUCGUUAGACUAUCAGACAAAGGGAUUGUGCUUCUUCUUCUUUAUGUUGACUACAUGGUUAUCAUAGAUAGUGAUUUAGAAGGUAUUAAUGCUUUGAAACCACAAUUGAAUUCAUCCUUUGAGAUGAAAGACUUUGGUCACUUGCGGUAUUUUCUUGGUAUAAAAGUGGAUAAAUCAUUUACAGGAUAUUUCAUCUCCCGGGUAAAAUAUGCUUCUGAGAUACUAAGUCGUGCAGGGCUAAUUGAUAACAAAACAAUUGAUACUCCUCUAGAAGUAAAUGUGAAAUAUAAUCAUAUGGAUGGAGAAAUCUUAUCCAACCCUACAUUAUAUCGUCGGCUGGUGGGUAGCCUAAACUAUUUAACUAUCAUUCGACAUGAUAUUAGUCAUGCAGUUCACAUUGUGAGUCAUUUCAUGUCAGCUCCACGUUCAACACAUUAUGUUAUUGUCCUUAGAAUACUACGUUAUAUCAAAGGUACGUUAUACCAGGGGUUCCAUUUUCCUUCUACUUCUAAUGUUACUGUCAGAGCAUAUAAUGACUCUGACUGGGAUGGUGAUGUUACUGAUCGUCAUUCAACCACCAGGUACUGUAUGUUUCUUGGAAACUCUCUAAUCUCUUGGCGUAGUAAGAAACAAUCAGUUGUUUCUCGUUCCAGUGCAUAA